ACGAAAAGCUGGAAUUGCUUAAAUAGGCGACUCGUGUUGUGUAAUGGCCGCAAUAGACACUUGUCGAGUCCACCAAAGCCCAGGCCAUCCGAACUAGGAGAAACGACGCUCCCUGAUUUUCACAGAAAGGAAAAUAAUAAACAGCGAGACUGCAAAAUUCAUUGAAUUGGGUUCAGUUGGAAAAAAGAUAAAGAACUAGUACUACUAGGUUGGUUCAGGUAUUGGCACCAAUUCAGGAAUUAUGGGGUCUCAUUUAAACUUCAAAAGCUUUGGUGAUUUGCCACUGGGAGAAGGGAAUGGUGGGAAGUUACCAGGCGGUUUGCCAUUGGCUCGACAGUCUUCAUUGUACUCGUUGACCUUUGAUGAGUUACAGCACACCUUCAGUGGGCUUGGAAAGGAUUUUGGAUCAAUGAACAUGGAUGAACUUUUGAAAAGUAUAUGGACUUCUGAAGGGAGUCAAGCAGUGACAUCUUCAGCUGGAGGGGCAGAAGGAAAUGUCACUGGUGGGAAUUUGCAGAGGCAAGGAUCCUUAACUUUGCCAAGGACCUUAAGUCAAAAAACUGUUGAUGAGGUUUGGAGAGACUUCAUGAAAGAUUCUGUUCCAGGUGUUAAGGAUGGGAGUGGUGGUGGAGGAUCAAAUGUGCCACAAAGGCAACUGACUUUGGGAGAGAUGACUUUGGAGGAGUUCUUAGCGAGGGCAGGAGUUGUAAGAGAAGAUGCACUACAAAUUGGAAGGCCUAUUGAUAGUGGAUUUUAUGCUGAAUUGUCAAAACCAAACAACAAUGCUGGUUUUGUUCUUGGGUUUCAACAGCCCAAUCGAAGCAGUGGUCUAAUAGCUAAUCGGAUGAUAGAAAAUAAUAAUCCAGCUCAUCUUCAGCCUCCUACUUUAUCACUGAAUGGUGGUGGAAUCAGAUUAUCUCAGCAACACCCACAGCAUCUGCACCACCAUCAGCCCAUGCAGCAGCAGCCACUGCAGCAACUUCAACAGCAGCCAAUCUUCUCUAAACAAGCAACUGUGAAAUUUUCCUCUCCUAUGCAUUUAGCAAGCAGUGCUCAGCUUUCUAGCCCAGCAGCAAGGCCCUCAGCUGUUGGCAUGGCAGACCCCUCAAUGAACAAUAAUUUGGCUCAGGUUUCUGGGCUGCAGAGUGGAGGAAUGAAGAUGGUUGGUUUAGGAUCUGGGGGUGUUACUGUGGCCUCAGGAUCUCCAGCAAGUCAAUUAUCACCUGAUGUGAUUGGGAAGAGUAGUGUAGAUACCCUAUCACCAGUACCUUAUGUGUUUGGCCGAGGAAGAAAGGUCAACUCUGCUGUGGAGAAAGUAGUUGAGAGAAGGCAAAGGAGAAUGAUUAAAAACAGGGAGUCAGCUGCAAGAUCGAGAGCUCGGAAGCAGGCCUAUACCUUGGAAUUGGAAGCAGAAAUAGCAAAACUUAAAGAACUGAACCAAGAACUGCAGAGAAAACAGGUAGAAAUCAUGGAAAUGCAGAAAGAUCAGAUUUUAGAGUCAGUCCAACGGCCACGGGGACUCAAGAGACGAUGCUUGAGAAGGACUUUUACAGGCCCUUGGUAGAGUAAAGAUGGUUUGCAGGCUGUAGAACUCCUCCAGAAUAUGCAAAUGUAGGCGACCUGUAUUGUAUUGGAGCGUGCAUCUGUGACAUUUCUCUUGUACUUCAAACAGUCGAUAGAUGUUGAAUAGGAGCUUAGGUUGUUCACUUGUAUAUUAUGCACUAGACUAGCUAGAUCAGAGCUGCAGAUCAAACCUUGUAUCCUUGACGAUAUCUCUGUUUGCUUCUCUUUUUAUCAGUGAGGCUAUAGAGUGUACUGUAAUGAGAAGUAUGCUUCGGUGUGUGAUACUGCUAUAAAUCUUGAUUAGUGACUGGUGUUUAA